AACAUCAUCAAGAAGGUGAGCGGUCAGAAGUUUGUGUAUAAGUUUGUGAGUCAGCCCGACCCCUCCCUGCCUGAUGGGGUCCGCAGCCUCGAGGAUGGCCAAAGGAAAGACAUCUCUGACCCAAGCAACCAGUUAAAAGGUCUGGGGGCCGUGGCUUCUACCUGUCAAUCAAAAGGCGUACCCCAGAGAUCGUCACCCAGCAGCUCCCAGAAAAGCUCCAGAAACGACUACAUGAAGUCCGGCCUCUACUCCACCUUCACCAUCCAAUCUCUGCAGACCCCACCCAACAGCCGGCCAAUCAAAUCAGAGCUCCUGCUUCAGCCAGACCCCGCCCCCAAGGCUGACUGCCUGCCCAGAGAGGUCUGCGCUCUCCCAGAGAGUAAACCCUCCCCGUCACUGGGAGGUGCUGCCGACUCCUCUCUGCAGGUUCUUGUCUCGCAGACGUCUCCCUGCCCAACUCCGGCGCUCAGCCCGCAGAUUCCAAGCAGCCAAUCACAGAACCCCCCCGGAGCCCCUCUGAGCGACCCGCCCCAGAUUUACCUCACCACCGUUGGAGACCCAUCGUCCCUCAACCCUCUCCUUCCCCUCAGGCCCGUCGGAGCAGCAGGAAGUCCCGCCCCCCCUUCCCAUGUUUCUCUGUGUCCCCCCCAGUUGUCGCCACAGGACAGCGCUCCCAUCUUUCCUCCUCACCCCCAGGCUGCUCCUCACCCCCCUCCUGUGUUUGUCAUAAUCAACCCGUCUCCUCCCCAACAGCAGCAGGCCCCGCCUUCCACUAAGGCUCCGCCCACCCCACGUCCUCCCCCACCCCACAUCGUCAUCAAGGAGGAGAACCUCCCGUCAGAGGAGGAGCUGCUGGAGAUGGUAACACUGGAGAGGAAGCAGGCGGAGCAGGUCCCUCAGCUGAUCUGUGGCCCAUCAGAACCAGAAUCUCCCCUCAGCAUCGUGGAGAGCCCGCCCCCUCCCUGUAUGGAGCCAGAGGGAGGGGAGGAGGCGGCCAAGGACUCUCUGACAGAUCCCUCCGCCCCCCCGCUGACCUCCUCCUCCUCGUCAUCAGGUGCCUCCACGCCGGGCGCCGUUCCUCCCAAACCCAAGAAGCCACGGGGCCUGGAACUGCCCUCCUCCCCGUACCUCCCCCCAGGCCUGUCCCUGGAUAAGGUGAACGCAGCGGUCAACAAUCUGCUGGCUCCUGGAUCGGCGACUAACACGCUCACCCCGACUGUCAUCACCUCCCACGCUCUGACUCCCGUCCUGCUGACUCCCAACGCUCUGCCCUCAACCAUCCACUUCUGGAGCACGCUCAGUCCCAUCGCACCCUCACCCGCCAAGCUGUCCUUCCAGUUUCCCUCCAACGGCAGUAACCAGAUCCACAUCCCGGCGCUGAGCGUGGACGGACUCUCCACCCCCGUGGUUCUGUCCCCCGGACCCCAGAAACCCUGAAUCCCUCUCGACUCUCAGAGAUCUGAGGAGGAUCGGACUCAUGGGGUGUUUCUGACAGAGAAUCGGACAAUGAAGGACGUCCUUCGUUCUUCUUAAGCCCCGCCCCUGCAUCUUCUGAAAGCAGAGGGGGCGGAGCUGCUGCAGAUUCGUUUGACUUUAGAGCAUCGAGCCGGAAACUGAUCGGACUGGUGUGUAACCAUGACGACCGCAAGCAUCAGGACCGGUUUUUACACCAGAAACGCUAAAGAAAGGAACCAGAACUUUUUAAUAAACCCAGCCCGAGGUGGACCGGGUUAUUUAUUGCUGACCUCGCUGCAGAUGCUUACAGAACUUUUUCUUC